AUGGCGCGGGGGGACGCCGGCCGCGGCGGUGGGCUCGUGGCGCUGACCUUCUGCCUGCUGGCCGCGCGCGGGGAGCUGCCGUGGCCCCAGGAGACGACCGUGGAGCUGAGCUGUGGUGCGGGGCCGCUGGAAGUGAUCCUGGGCCCAGGGCAAACUGCAGUGCUGGCCUGUAGUCUGGGGGCUGCCGGACCCCCCACCAGCACCACAUGGAGCAAGGACGGAGGCACCCUGCCGGAGCACGACCACCUGCGCCUGCUGCCCAAUGGCUCUCUGUGGCUGUCCCAGCCGCCCGCACCCGACGGCAGUGACGAGGCAGCCCCCAGCGUCUCAGAGGUCAUUGAGGGCAGCUACUCUUGCCUGGCCCACAGCCCCCUGGGAGUGGUGGCCAGCCAGGCUGCGGUGGUCAAGCUCGCCACACUCGCAGGCUUCUCUCUGCACCCGGAGUCUCAGGUGGUGGAGGAGAAUGGGACUGCUCGGUUUGAGUGCCACAUUGAAGGGCUGCCAGCUCCCGUCAUCACCUGGGAGAAGGACCAGGUCCCAGUGCCGGAGGAGCCUCGGCUCAUCAUUCUCCCCAACGGGGUCCUCCAGAUCCUGGACAUUCAGGAGAGUGACGCAGGCUCCUACCGCUGCGUGGCCACCAGCUCUGUCAGCCAGCGAUUCAGCCAGGAGGCCCUACUCAGUGUCGCCCACAGAGGGUCCCUGGCGUCCACCAGGGGGCAGGACGUGGUCAUUGUGGCAGCCCCAGAGAACACCACGGUGGUUUCUGGCCAGAGUGUGGUGAUGGAAUGUGUGGCCUCCGCUGACCCCACCCCUUUUGUGUCCUGGGUCCGACAGGAUGGGAAACCCAUCUCCACGGACGUCAUCGUCCUGGGCCGCACCAACCUACUCAUCAGCAGCGCGCAGCCCCGGCACUCGGGCGUCUACGUGUGCCGCGCUAACAAGCCCCGCACGCGCGACUUCGCCACCGCCGCCGCCGAGCUCCGCGUGCUGGCGGCCCCGGCCAUCUCGCAGGCGCCCGAGGCGCUGUCGCGGACGCGGGCGAGCACCGCGCGCUUCGUGUGCCGCGCGGCCGGGGAGCCGCGGCCCGCACUGCGCUGGCUGCACGACGGGGCGCCGCUGCGGCCCAACGGGCGCGUCAAGGUGCAGGGUGGCGGCGGCAGCCUGGUCAUCACGCAGAUCGGCCUGCAGGACGCCGGCUACUACCAGUGCGUGGCCGAGAACAGCGCAGGCACCGCGUGCGCCGCCGCGCCCUUGGCCGUAGUGGUGCGCGAAGGGCUGCCCAGCGCCCCAACGCGGGUCACGGCCACGCCGCUGAGCAGCUCCACGGUGCUGGUGGCGUGGGAGCGGCCCGAGCUGCACAGCGAGCAGAUCAUCGGCUUUUCCCUCCACUACCAGAAGGCACGGGGCAUGGACAAUGUGGAAUACCAGUUUGCAGUGAACAAUGACACCACAGAGCUGCAGGUUCGGGACCUGGAACCCAACACCGAUUAUGAGUUCUACGUGGUGGCCUACUCCCAGCUGGGGGCCAGCCGUACCUCUAGCCCAGCACUGGUCCACACACUGGACGAUGUCCCCAGUGCAGCGCCCCAGCUCUCCCUGUCCAGCCCCAACCCCUUGGACAUCAGGGUGGCGUGGCUGCCCCUGCCUCCCAGCCUGAGCAAUGGGCAGGUGGUGAAGUACAAGAUAGAAUACGGUUUGGGAAAGGAAGAUCAGGUUGUCUCCACCGAGGUGCCUGGAAACGAGACACAGUUGACGCUCAGUGCCCUUCAGCCCAACAAGGUGUACCGAGUACGGAUUUCGGCGGGCACUGGGGCUGGCUACGGAACCCCCUCCCCGUGGAUGCAGCACCGGACGCCCAGCGUGCACAACCAGAGCCACGUCCCUUUUGCCCCUGCAGAGCUGAAGGUCCGGGCAAGGAUGGAGUCCCUGGUGGUGUCGUGGCAGCCGCCCCCUCACCCCGCCCAGAUCUCUGGCUACAAACUCUACUGGCGGGAGGUGGGAGCCGAGGAGGAGGCCAAUGGCGAGAGUCCUCCAGGGGGCCGCGGAGACCAGGCUUGGGAUGUGGGGCCUGUCCGGCUCAAGAAGAAAGUGAAGCAGUAUGAGUUGACCCAGCUAGCCCCUGGCCGGCUGUACGAGGUGAAGCUUGUGGCAUUCAACAAACAUGAGGAUGGCUAUGCGGCAGUGUGGAAGGGCAAGACAGAAAAGGCUCCCACACCAGACUUGCCCAUCCAGAGGGGACCACCCUUGCCCCCCGCCCAUGUCCACGCGGAAUCGAACAGCUCCACGUCCAUCUGGCUUCGGUGGAAAAAGCCAGACUUCACCACAGUCAAGAUUGUCAACUACACUGUGCGCUUCAGCCCCUGGGGGCUCAGGAACGCCUCCCUGGUCACUUAUUACACCAGCUCUGGAGAAGACAUUCUUAUUGGUGGGCUGAAGCCUUUCACCAAGUACGAGUUCGCAGUACAGUCCCACGGCGUGGACAUGGACGGGCCUUUCGGAUCCGUGGUAGAACGCUCCACCCUGCCUGACCGGCCCUCAACGCCCCCAUCUGACCUGCGCCUGAGCCCGCUGACACCAUCCACCGUUCGGCUGCACUGGUGCCCCCCCACCGAGCCCAAUGGGGAGAUCGUGGAGUAUCUCAUCCUCUACAGCAACAACCACACCCAGCCCGAACACCAGUGGACCCUGCUUACCACGGAGGGAAACAUCUUCAGCGCUGAGGUGCAUGGCCUCGAGAGCGACACGAGGUAUUUCUUCAAGAUGGGGGCACGCACAGAGGUGGGGCCUGGGCCCUUCUCUGGCCUGCAGGAUGUUAUCACUCUCCAGGAGAAGCUCUCAGACUCCUUGGAUGUGCACUCAGUCACAGGCAUCAUUGUGGGUGUCUGCCUGGGCCUCCUUUGCCUCCUGGCCUGCAUGUGUGCCGGACUGCGCCGCAGCCCCCACAGGGAAGCCCUCCCAGGCCUGUCCUCCACAACUAAUGCUGGGAACCCCGCCCUGUACUCUCGAGCCCGCCUUGGCCCUCCUAGCCCCCCAGCUGCCCAUGAACUGGAGUCCCUUGUGCACCCUCGUCCCCAGGACUGGUCUCCACCGCCCUCAGACAUGGAGGACAGGGCUGAAGUGCACAGCCUUAUGGGAGGCGGUGCUUCAGACUGCCUGGGUCACUCCAAAAGAAAGAUCUCCUGGGCUCAGCCAGGUGGGCCAAGCUGGGCAGGUUCCUGGGCAGGCUGUGAGCUGCCCCAUGCAGGUGCCAUGCCUUCUCUGACCCGGGCUCUGCUGCCCCCUGCUGGAACGGGGCAGACACUGUUGCUGCAGGCUCUGGUGUAUGAUGCCAUAAAGGGCAACGGUAGGAAGAAGCCACCCCCAGCCUGCAGGAAUCAGGUGGAGGCUGAAGUCAUCGUCCACUCCGACUUCGGCGCAUCCAAAGAGAACCUUGACCUCCACCUCCAAGACCUGGAGCCUGAGGACCCCCUGCCUCCAGAGGCUGCUGCCCUCCCUUCGGGAGUCACAGAUCUAGGGCAAGGGGUAGACUGGCUGGACAGGGAGCUGGGAGGGUGUGAACAGGCAAGCCCUGGGCCAGACAGACUCACCUGCCUGCCAGAGGCAGCCAGCGCUUCUUAUCCGUACCCAGACCUCCAGCCCAGUGAGGCUCUGGAGGAGGCCCCCGGGAGCAGCUGCCAGCCAAAGGCCCCCUACCCGCUAGGAACCAGCCCAGGCCUGCCCAGAGCUCCAGUCCCCUCUUCUGCCUAGCUCCCCUAGAGGGUGCAGUUUGGGGCAGGCUAGGAUGGAUCAUGGGACAUGGCCCAUGUGGCCGAGUAGGUAUGCCCAUGUACCUGCAGUUCCUGCGCAUCGUCACGGUGUCUGAAGCCUCCCCGGAGGCUGUGGCUGUGGGGAGAGGAAGAAAUGGGAGUAUCCACUCCCCCCACACUCUGGCACCUGUCCUGUGGGAGGGACCUGUGAAGCGUGGCUCUAUGUGACGUGCACAUGUAUGCGCUAGCUGGCGAACUGGGAGACUUUGGCCAGGUAGAGGUCCCAGUGGCCUAAUUGAUCCUCCAGGUCAGGAUAGUGCCCCAGAGUGGUUAGUCCCUAGCCUUGUGGGCGUCCCACCUCCGUCACCCAGCCGUUUAUUACACACUCUGAGAGUGUCUGCAAUGCCCUGUCUGACAAAGACAGCCCCGGCCCAUUUCCCCUUCUGGCUGGGCUGAGUGCAGUAGGCUCUGGUUGCCUAGCAUCUUCGUCUUGUCACUACCCAUUGGUCUUGUCACUACCCAUCGCUGAUGUCACUACCCAUCGCCCAGUCCCUAUUGCCCCAACUGAGAGGGUGAUUCUGGCUCCCCUCAGAGCAACUCUGCAUUUCGUUUUGUCAUUUGGGAAGUGCCUGGUUUUGGAAAUCCUUUGCCCUGGCUCUCCUGUCCUCCCUUCCCCUCCACUCCUCUUGUGCUCUGUCUCCAGUCAGCCCCCUGCUCCCAGUUCUGCCCUGCUCUUCCUCUGGGAUCCGCUUUCCUGUCCACUCCCCUGUUUCUCUGUCUCCUGUCUCUGCUGUCUCCCACCCCUCUCCUGGACUGCGUCAUGUGGUUCACCUGCCUGGGGUCAGUCUCUGCACCCUUCCCUAACAACAUGACUACCUCACGUCUGCUCUGAGGCCACAGCCUGACUUCUGUGUCCGCCAUCCACUUUACCCGCCAUCCUCCUGCCCCUCUUCUCUUUGUGCCACCAUAUGCCCCCUGCCCCAGGCAGACUGCCCCUCUUAGGGGAAGAUCUUCCAGUUUCCCUUGUGUCUUUCUCCCUGGGAUUAAGGUCGGAGGAUUCUCCUUGGAGUUGGGUGAUGCAAGUCACACUGGGGGACUUCUGAGACAGGGAAAAGGGAAUGUGACUUCUCCCUUUGAGGCAGGGAGGCAGGGUUGGCUGGAUGGAGGGGGUUUGGGCUCUUCCUUCCCAACUGAAGCUGAAAGGGGAGAAGGAGAGUGGGGAUGGGAGGCACCACAGCCCAGGAGCUUCCCUCUCACUCUGCACACCUGGAACAGGAGCUCAUGGAUGAGGGGUGAGGGGAGUUUCACCCUUUGGGGGCUGGCACUGAGGCCUUUGCACAGGACAAGGGUAAUUGGCUCAUUUCAUUUUGUUGUUUUUUUUUUUUCCUUUAAAUUCAAUCCUAAAGUCCUUUUCCAUUGACCUGUCACACAGGGACAAGCUGGACUUCUAUUUCCUGUGUAGAGAAAACAAGGUCAUUUAUUUGAUUUUGUACCCCAGCCUCUCCUUGGAGCUUAGGAUGUGGGGGCUUUUCUCCCUAAAUGCAUCUUUUUUAACUGAUCAGCACAUCAAGGGUUAAUGCUGGCUUCUGGGCCAAAUUAGAAAUAACCAGUCUAUCUUUCCCCUCUUCUUCUUCUUCUUCUUCUUUUUUUAAUGGUGACAUGUCUCUCAAGCAGAGUUGCAGCUCCCUCAGACCCUUUCAGCAUCUGUGUUUAUUACUCUCGGGUGUCACUCCCGCCUGACAUCCGCACCUACAUCUCCCUCCCCUCCCUGCUCCAGCGGGGCUGGGAGAGCGAAGAUUAUUCCUGCUGGCUUGUAGCUCCCUGAAGAUGGAAUUGUCGCUUGUACUCUUCCUGUGGCAUCCAGCGUCACCAUGGCCGAGGCCACUGUCUGUGUUUUGCCUUUGCUCUGAAGGUCAAAAGCCUCUUUUUAUUUUGCUGGUUUGCUCUGCUCCGCCCCCCCCAAAAGGGAGAGGAAAAAAAAAAAAAAAACUGCCCUGAAUCAAAUGGCUGUUUUAACAGUAGGCUCUUAGCAUUACACCACAUAGUCAUUUUUCAUGUUCUUGUUUAACAGGCACUGAGGUUCUGGUUUAAAUUAAAUAGCUGCAAAUGAGACAAUUUAUAACCCAUUAGGUUGGGUGGAAAAUUGUUUCUCAAAAGCAAAUAAGUAAUAAAUCUGGUAUCUGCCUAUAACUCACAGUUGAUAAGAAAGUGGCCAUUACUCACUAGCAUUAUAUAUUAUUUGGGCUCUGGGUAAUUUGGAAGUGUUAGGUUUGUGUCUUUGUAGCAGUAUUUUUAUUAGAAAAGAGUCUAUUGGCCUUUUACAGGGUAUUAAUCCCUUUGUCACCUACCAUCGAUGCCUUGUGUUUUUUGAGUCUCAUUUAGAAACCUUCCUUUUCUUGAUGCAUGACAAGUGUAAUCGGUACCUGCUCAUUUAUUUGUCGGUAUUUAGUUUAUGCUAUUUUAUUUAAUUCUUUUUUCCAGCAUUUUUUCCUCUUCAUAAAUAUGAUAUUCUUUAGUGUUAAGCCAAGGCAUUGAUCAUGUAUCUGUCCCUAUAAUGAAUUAAUAAACUAUUUUCCAAAAAUGUG